AUGUACAGAGUGGUGAAUGUGAUGAGCAGGGAUGAUUGCAACCCUGGCAAUCCGGCAACGGCGGCCUCGGGGACCCCCGCGCUCCCGGCCCGGAGUCAGGCGGACAAGCCGGUGCUGGCAAUCCAAGUCCUGGGCACUGUCAAAUGGUUCAACGUCCGGAAUGGUUACGGAUUCAUCAACAGGAACGACACCAAGGAGGAUGUCUUUGUUCACCAGACAGCUAUUAAAAGAAACAACCCCAGGAAGUUUCUGCGCAGCGUUGGAGAUGGGGAGACUGUGGAGUUUGAUGUCGUGGAAGGAGAGAAGGGCCCUGUCCCCAGACACUCACCUCGCAGCCAGCCCUCUGUGGGUGCAGAAGCUGCUAAUGUGACUGGGCCCGGGGGCGUGCCGGUGAAGGGCAGCCGCUACGCCCCCAAUCGCCGUCGGUUCCGCCGAUUCAUCCCCCGGCCUCGCCCGGCUGCCCCGCCACCCAUGGUGGCAGAGGCUCCCUUGGGUGGGGCGGAACCAGGCAGCGAAGGCGAGCGGGCCGAGGAAUCCGGGCAGCGGCCCAGACGACGGCGCCCACCGCCCUUCUUCUACCGACGGCGAUUUGUGCGAGGCCCUCGGCCCCCCAAUCAGCAGCAGCCCGUAGAGGGCACGGAUGGGGUGGAACCCAAAGAGACAGCCCCGCUGGAGGGGGACCAGCUGCAGGGAGACGAGCGGGUCCCCCCACCUAGAUUCCGGCCCAGGUACCGAAGGGGCCUUGCUUCUCUCCCUAGGCCUUUCCGCCCCCGGCCACCCCAGCAGCCUACCACAGAAGGUGGGGACGGCGAGACCAAGCCCAGUCAAGGCCCCACUGAUGGUUCCCGGCCUGAGCCCCAGCGCCCACGAAACCGCCCCUACUUCCAGCGGCGACGGCAGCAGCCCCCUGUACCCCGGCAGCCCACAGCCCCUGAGACCUCAGCCCCCAUCAACAGUGGGGACCCCACCACCACCAUCCUGGAGUGAUUCCAACUCAAAGGACACCCAGAGCUGCCAUCUGGUUUCUGCCAGUUUUUCCACCUAACCUGUACCCUACCCAUCACCCCCUCCCCCUUUCCCAGAAUUCAUGACAUCAGAACACCGGCUUUCCCCCCUUUUCCUUGAGGCUCAGUUGGGCCAAAGCAACAGCUUUUUGCUUUUCUUCUUUUUUUUCUCUCCCCUACCAAGAGUUGAAGGAAGAAAUCCAUCCUUAUUGUUCAGAGGCGCCAACUCCCUCCCCUAAAUCAGGCUGAGAAGGAACCAGCCCGCACUUACCUCCUCCUGGUUGUUUUGCUUUCCCACCCCAGUUUAUUUUUUGUUUUCCCUCUACCCCCCACCUCUGAAGCCAUUUUAUGAACUGUCAUGUGCCACCUGAGCCUCCAGUAAAAACAAAAA